AUGAAUGAGCCGCUGUUGCCGGCAGAUCUAGCCAACCCGUAUCCAAGCACACGAACAUUGUCUAGGGGGACGGAACUUGUGGAGCUCGACGAACACGGCAAGGACAAAUCUGGCAUCUCGAGAGGCCCCAUUCCCAUCAUCAACGCCGCCGGGAGAGGAUUGUCGAAAAUCGUCAGGAAAAUGGUCGAGCAGGGACACGAUGUAUCGCUUACAAACGACGCUGGUUUCACGGCUCUGCAUGCUGCGGCCCACGACGGUCACGCUGACAUCGCGAGGGUACUGGCCAAGGCCGGCUCGGAUCUACAGGCGACGACCCGAAGGCGACACACCGCUUCAUUUGGCCACGAGCUUGGGGGAAACUGCAGCGCUGAGGGCCCUGAUCGAAGAAGGCGCUUCCGUCCAGUAGUGUUUACACGUUGA